AUGAGACGCUCAAAGUCGGCUCCAUCUGUUCGCAGACGUCAUCCAGCUACCUCAGUCCCCGAACCUCUAGAUGCAGAGACCGCCCGGCAUCACGCUACCAAGGCUGCAUCUCUGGCUAUGACUCAAGCUAAAGACAAAAGCCAUGUCUCUCACGAAGAAAGAAAAUCCAGAAGCGAGGAUGUCACGCCGGCCCCUGCAACUACUACCAUCCGCCGUAGUUCCAGCAUCCGUUUCACCCAAGAAGCCGGUCUUCCCAAAUAUCACAAUACCACUACUUCUAAUAAUCCUACAAGAGUGCCGCGUGAAACAAAAGGUUCCAAUGAGCAGCAACUGCCGGUCGAUACACGUACAGACAAUGGAUUUCAGGGCUUCGGAAACGAGGAAUUUUUUACUCCAUCAUCCUACCGACGGCUCCGAAAAGCCCGAUCCAUGUUUUCGACGAAAUCACUUAGGAACAACCGUGGCAGUGAAACUGCACCCCCGACUGAGACUUCCCGUACAGACUGUCCUUCGCGUCAGAAAAGUACUGAGCCUGCUGCCGAUACGCACAGAUCUCUUCGACAUUCUCUAUCAUUCUUCAACGGGAACUCGCAGGCAAUCCGCCGGGUGAAAAGUCAGCAUGCACUGGGCGGUGCUCGGUCACGCGUUUCUGAGGAAGAAGAUUGCCCUAUUCCUCGAAGCCAUCCAUCACUGCAGUCGUGGGAAGGUCGACUCGCUCAAAAGUCACUUAGACCUACGCCCAGACCAAUGAGAGAGCUAAGUCCUGAUGACGACGUAGUUCCGGUUACAAAUGGUCUUCACAAGAAAGCUCGAACCUUUUCCCUCAAUAUCAAAAAGCGUUUGAAACGGGUCUUUGGCCGACCGGGCUAUGUUGAAGACGAGCUUCCAGAAGAACCAGCCUUUGGAUCUCCGUACCAAGAUAACUCGGUAUUUGAUAGCCCGACGACUAUUGGUGGAACAUCGCCGCCAAUACUUCAUCCCAAGCAAAGCUUUGAGAGCAUUGCUACAUCAGCAUCUCGGGUCACAAGCUGGACCAAUUCCACUGCAGGAAAUACUGUCAAAGGAAAACCUCAUCUUGGCCGCAAUCAUCUUUCAACCAUUGCAGAAAGUGGCGAUUCUUUCAUUGGACGGCGCUCUGGAGUGCCUGAGACGCAUGGGCCAGAACAGGACGAAUAUCAACAGGGGAAACAAAUCGAUUCGCAACGAGUUUACUCGGCUUUGAUGAAGCAUAUUGGCGAGACAGCAUCCAAGGAUGGGGAGAGGGUGCUGUCAAGUGGCACCAUUAGAGGAUAUCCGGUCAUCACAGAACGCUCUUCAUCUGUCCAGUCUCAACGAGAGGGUCGCAGCAUUCGGCAAAUGGCGAGCGACAUGUCAAUGAAAACUGCUCGAACGUCUCUUCCUGUGGAUUCUCGACCGGAGAGCCCCCAAAGCCAUUCAUCUUAUUCCCGCUACCUAGAAACCAGCAGACCCGUUAUCCCUACGAAGACCUUGAUGCACGGCGGGCUGCCUUCCAAAAAAUCCUCAAGUUCUCUUCGAGAGUCUGAGUCGCCCUUUUUCCCUUCAAGCGCAUCGGUGAAACCGAAAACCCCAAGUCCAUAUAGAGUGGCAAUGAAUUCGAUACGUGAAAUCGAAGAUUCUGAUAAUGACGCUGCCAGUGUCAUAACCAAGCAGGCCGCGAAUACGAGACGCGUUUCAACAUCACCCAGUAUUUAUUCCAGAACGCCAAGCGGAUGUGCCGUAAGUCGAGAGGAUCUUCCGCACGAAGUCGAAGAUCCUAUGCGGUCGGGUAUGGUGACGAUUUUUGAUAGCCAAGUUCUGUACAGGUCUCCCAAGAAAAACGCCUCGCCAGCAGCAAAUCUCAGAUCAAAGAAUAGCGCGGAAUGGAAGAAAUGGAUGGAUUCUCAGAUCAAAAACAGUGCCGUCUUCGAUGCGCCUAGAUUGUCUAGCCCAUCAGAUGCAAGAAAACACCACCGAGAAGAUGCUGAGUGUGGUGAAGAGCCACUACGAAUAGGGGAUGGAACUGGUGGUAAAAGCUCCGAAUAUACAGAAAGGUUGCGACCAAAAAGUUCCUUGAGUGGGCUGCAUAGCUUGAACGAGUCCCAGGAAUUCCGCCUCCCAACUCCGAUAACAGAGAGAAAAUUGUCAGGGCAAAGUAAUUUCUCUCGCCCCCUCAGCCGUCAGUCAAUAGGAUCAUUCAAGACGGUAGAUCGGCAUGGAAAUACGAUGAGUCGUUUAUACGAAGAUUCCAGCAGUGUCAAGCUUUUCAAUCGACAGGAUACACGGGCGUCACCUGCCGAACCCACAAAGUCAACACGGUCCAUUGAUCUUUCCAAUUCUCCAAACCGCAGAUUGGCGAUCAAAACAGCACGCGAAGCAAGACUCAACCGCAGCCCCGGUAACCUGAGUACAUUUCAACAGGUUGAUGGAUUGAAAGAUGUGAAAGAUAUUCAAUUUCGAUCAAUCCGAGGAGGUUCGCCCUACUCUGCACGCAACAAAGAGAAUGAAACGUCUCCAGCAAUGCACAAGAAGGACAAUUUGUCAGAGCUGCAUACAACUAUAGAUAGCAAACGCAUGGUAGAUAUAUUUUUGCAUAGCCGACGUGAGAGGGAGGAUACACCUGAUCGUGAUGCUGAUGUGCCGGCCUUUAUCUGA